AUGAGUCCUGCCCCCUCCGCCUGGUGGAGUCUGGGCGGAGUUCCUCCAUCCACUUGCAUCAGGUUGCUCAUCUUACAGCGUCCUGGUUCAGUUACUCGCCUCGCAGCAGCUGCAGCCUCGAUGGCCAAGUACCUGACACAGGAUCAGAUCAACGACUUUAAGGAGUGUUUCUCGCUGUACGACCGGCAGCGUAAAGGAAAGAUUGAAGCCAAAGAGCUGAUCACAGUAAUGCGAUGCCUCGGGUCAAACCCCACCCCCUCUGAGGUCCAACGACACCUGCUGAGCCACAGCAUAGACAGUACCGGUUGUGGGUGGAAACUGGACUUCUCCACCCUCCUUAGCAUCCUGCACCGGCAGCUCCAGCAGGAGGCGCCAGGGAGCGAGAUCCGGAGGCGGCGAAGGAUGGCUGACAAGGAGCGGAAAGGCUUCAUCUGGCCUCUGAGCUGAGAGCCCGUGACGGGGCGGGCAGAGAAACUGACGGACAGAGAAGUGGACGAGCUGCUGAAGGAGGCGGGCGUUGGACCUGAUGGGCGGGUCCACUGUGAGAAGUUUGCUAAAGCGGUGACACGCCCCUCUGCAAGGCGCUGACAUCACGAUGACAUCACGGUGACAUCAUCACUGCUGCUUUUCAUCACAUGAAGUGAAAUUUGAAAUGUCAUGAUGUCACUUCCUGUUUUACCAGCGAGAAGGCGUUUCAUUGGAUGUAAAAAACUGUUUUGCUUUCUCUGAUUCCCGAAUCAUGACGAGCUAACGACCUUUAACAGUGACGUGUUUGAAUUAAACGGCGUUCUGAAGCA